AUGUCACUAAAAUCUGACCUGAAUUUUGCUAUUGUUGUAACAAGACAUUUUUUUGUUCAUGAUGUUAUGAGUAUCAAAAUCGUAACAGGAAUCGUCGUUGGUUUGGGUUACAUAGAAUAUCAUGACUACAAAACUGUUGAACGAAUCAUUUUGUCUGUUAGGAAAAUAUCUCUACCUACUCUCUUUUGUGUAAAGUUACGAUCCUUUUUACUGUCAAAAGAUAAAAGACGAGAACCCCCGCAAAUUUGGCUGCUUUCCGUUACAGAAAAUAUUUUACUUGCCUUUUCUUGA